GUCUCACAGAUUGUCCUCAGGACCACUUACAGAAGAGCAAGGCAGCUCCAUUGUUUUCAUUGGCUUCUCCUGCUGGUACCCGGAGCCUGACGAUUCCAAAGAUGAACGCCACAGAUGUCACAGAUACCACCCAGGAUGAAACUGUGUACAAUAGUUAUUACUUCUACGAAAGCAUGCCAAAGCCUUGCACCAAGGAAGGUAUCAAGGCAUUUGGGGAGGUCUUCCUGCCUCCUCUCUACUCCUUGGUCUUCUUGUUGGGUCUGUUUGGAAAUUCUGUCGUGGUUCUGGUCCUGUUCAAAUACAAGAGGCUCAAGUCCAUGACGGACGUGUACCUGCUGAACCUGGCCAUCUCGGAUUUGCUGUUUGUACUGUCCCUCCCAUUCUGGGGCUACUACGCCGCCGACCAGUGGGUUUUUGGACUAGGUCUGUGCAAGAUUAUUUCAUGGAUGUACCUGGUGGGCUUCUACAGCGGCAUCUUCUUCAUCAUGCUCAUGAGCAUAGACAGAUACCUGGCCAUCGUGCACGCGGUGUUCUCCUUGAAAGCAAGGACCCUGACCUAUGGCGUCAUCACCAGCCUGAUCACGUGGUCAGUGGCUGUGUUUGCCUCCCUCCCAGGCCUCUUGUUCAGCACUUGCUACACAGAGCACAACCACACGUACUGCAAAACCCAGUACUCGGUCAACUCGACAACGUGGAAAGUUCUCAGCUCCCUGGAGAUCAACAUCCUGGGGCUGGUCAUCCCCCUGGGCAUCAUGCUGUUUUGCUAUUCCAUGAUCAUUAGGACCCUGCAACACUGUAAGAAUGAGAAGAAGAACAGGGCAGUUCGGAUGAUCUUCGCCGUGGUGGUUCUCUUCCUCGGCUUCUGGACGCCGUACAAUGUGGUUCUUUUCCUGGAGACCCUGGUGGAGCUCGAAGUCCUUCAGGACUGCACCUUGGAGAGGUACCUCGACUAUGCCAUCCAGGCUACAGAAACCCUAGCCUUCAUCCACUGCUGCCUUAACCCCGUCAUUUACUUCUUUCUCGGGGAGAAAUUCCGCAAGUACAUCUCCCAACUCUUCAGAACAUGCCGGGGUCCCCUCGUGCUCUGCAAACACUGUGACUUCCUCCAGGUCUACUCGGCUGACACGUCCAGCUCCUCUUACACGCAGUCCACCGUGGAUCAUGACUUCCGUGACGCUUUGUAACGUGUGAAUGGGGGUAACAUGGCGCUAACAAGCUCCCAGCACCCUCUCGCCUUGUUUCAGUCAGGGUGCCCUGAACAGGUCUCUAAGGAAGAAAACAAGUAAAACCAAGACCGUGGCAAGGUGGCUUCUCACGCUGCAGGUGGCUCCCAAGAGGUUCAGAGCCCUGGUGGGUGGAGGAAAUCGCCCCUUCAUGACAAUGAGCCCUUGAGUGGAUCUCUAGUUUUGCUGAACUACCUAGAAUCCUUGGACGUGCUGUAUUCCAUGAAGCCAGAUGUCUGGAGAAA